AUGACAGAGUCGCAGGAGACUCCUCAAGCUAUGGAGCACAGUAAUAGUGCUCCACUGUUACCACAUCUGCAACAACAACAACAACAACAGGAAUCGUCGAAGGUGGACUAUGAACAGGAAGCGAAGAAAUUGGAAGAUAAAGCGGUGAGGUUCUUGGCAAAACAGGCCCACCCAGUGAUCGUGCCUUCUUUUUCAGCUUGGUUCUUGUUUAGCGAAGUUCACGAGAUCGAGCGACGGAUGUUGCCCGAUUUUUUCGACGAUUCGUCACGGUUCAAAACGGAAAAGGCAUACUGCGACGUCCGCAACUUUAUGAUAAAUACGUACCGUUUGUCGCCGUACGAAUACCUUACAGUGACGGCAGUGAGGCGUAAUGUCGCAAUGGACGUCGCUUCCAUCGUCAGAAUUCAUUCGUUUCUCGAGCAGUGGGGUCUGAUCAACUACCAGAUCGACCCCAGAUCCAAACCGUCGCUGUUGGGCCCAAGUUUCACAGGCCAUUUCCAGAUUGUCCUCGACACCCCCCAGGGUCUGAAACCAUUCAUCCCAGCUCAGGUCGUUAACAAUGGCGAACAAACCCAGGAAAAGACGCCCCAGGACAACGCUGAGACCCGCGAAAUGCCUCCGGUGAAAACAGACUCGGAUCAACGCGAGGGGCAAUCGAUUGAAAAAAGUGCUGAAGUCACUCAGAGGCAUUCCGACGCAGCUCCAGCAGAAAAUGCCGCUACGCCAACCAGUUCCGCCGAUCCUGUUGUCAAGCCAGAACCAAAACAGGAAGUCGAGUUCUUGCAGCCCGAAAGGUUCCCCAUCAACUUGUCAUUGCGCAAAAACAUCUAUUCGAAUGCGCAGAACUUCAAUUCGUUGCAAAAUGACUCGCAGCAGUCCAGACAGAUCAACAGAACAUACAUCUGUCAUACUUGCAGCAAUGACUGCGUAGGUAUACGGUACCACAACCUAAGGUCUAGAGACACCAACAUAUGUUCUCGCUGCUUCCAAGAAGGCCACUUUAGCGCUCACUUCUCGUCGUCAGACUUUCUUCGUCUUGAAAAUCAGUCGCAGGCCAAAAAGCAGUGGUCCGAUCAAGAAGUGUUACUGCUACUUGAAGGUAUUGAGAUGUACGAAGAUCAGUGGGAUAAGAUAGUCGAGCACAUUGGUGGCUCGAAAACUACUGAGGCUUGUGUCGAGAAGUUUCUGACAUUGCCGAUCGAAGACAAAUAUAUCAAUGAAAUCACACCGGCACCCAAGUCGCCAAAGACUGAAAACCUGUCGCCUGAAGUGACGGAGACUGUUGAUGCCGCAGUCCAGGCUCUUUUAAAAGGUCUGAAUGGCAAGGCACUAAAUGAAGCAGUUCCACAAUCAGCGAAGCAAAUCUCAGAAAAGUAUCUGAACGAGGCACAAUUGAUAAUCCAGGACCUUGUCAAAGUCAGCUUGGAAAAGGUCGAGCUUAAGUUUCAAGAAUUGAACUCGGUUGAGGCAACUCUUAACAAAGAAAAGGAACGUUUCGUUAAAGAAUCCGAGAGGCUGCUGAGCGAGCGUCAGUCUUUGAGCAAACAAGUUACCGAGCUGAACGAAGAACUCGGCAAGCUAAACAUUUCUAAGAAGCUCAUUAUGCUAUCUGAGCAAGCAGAUUCUGGUGUCAAACUGGUUGAAAAGGAUGAAGAAACUCAAAACAAAAAUAGACUCGUUAAGGGCGUUGAUGAUGUACAUAGUGUAUCUCAUUCCGAGCCCCUCCAGUACAAAGCCUGGUCGUUGUCGUGA